UGACGGGCCUUGUCUCGCCCUAUGCUCUAAUCUUCUAGCCGAUGACAAAUCUUUCUCGAGUUUGCGGUAAGAUGACGACUAUUGGGAGGAUGAUCUCCUGAAAAGCACUGGAAUCUGGUCUAUCUGCUUUAAUUUCCGUAUUACCACAUCAUUGAUAAUUGUUGGAGGUAAAUAUGGCCCCGUCCCACGACGGCAGCACUCCGCUUCCCUGGAGGUUUGUUAGACGCGAUUUCGCGAUCCUCACCUACCUACACCGUCAUCUGGAAAGCAACACAGUAAACGCGUAAAUCGGUCAUUUUGCCGCCAUGAAUUCAAUGGCCUCUAUGGCUGACCGAAAGGCUGCAGCAUCUGAUUAUAUACCACCUCCUACGUUCAACAUGCCGGCUCGUCACGAAGUGCAUGUGCCAUCAGAUUCGGUAGCGGAGCGAAAAGUGCGACGAGCCAUUGAAGACUCGGCAUCGAGAAACGCGGAGCUCCUCGGCGAGCUUGAAGCUACGGCACAUGCACCCGGCCUAUUUAACAACAACCAGGUGAAGAUUGAACAUGUUGACAAACGACUGGCUGAUCUCGAGCCCGAGGUCGAGAAGGCCAUUGCCGCCGCCAACCUGCAGCUCAAGCAACACAAGAGCUAUAGAGACUCGGUGGCCAAGAAAUUCGUUUACACCGUGCUGAAGAAGAAGAGUGCCUUUGAGGACAAGGCCAUGCGAGAGGAGAAGGCCUACCAUGAAGUGCUUGAGAAGCGUCACAAAGCUGAAGCAAAGUUGAAGGAUCUCCAGGCAGAUAAAGAGGCACUGACUGUUGAGAUGAAGGAUUUGCAAGAACUGGUGGGACGACACGGCACUGCACACAAAGAAAUCGACGCCCUGUACUCGCGCAUUUUCGAUGGCCCUACGGCGGGAUUCGCAGACGAGGAUGAACAGGAAGAGACACAUAAACUUGCAAAGUUGGCGCUACAGGAGAGGACAGAAGCACUCAAGGCGGCUGUUCGAGGCAUUAAAGCCGCCCAAGCAGUCAAAGUAGCCAUCGAACGCGCAUCAUUUGAGAAGCAACGCGCAGCCUUCGAGAACCACUCCGAUAUCUUUUCUCAGCGUGGCGUUCAUACAGUUCUGAAACGUUGCGUCGCUUAUAUCAAUCGCGGACUUGAACUCAGCGACGAGGCCGUCGAAGCUAUAAAAGCGACACCUGGGCCGGACUUGGUACAAGCCAAAGACAAUCUUGAUCGGCUUUUCCACACUGCCAGAGCGACAGCGCAAGAGCGCUACACGAACAAGUCGCAAAACGCCGAUCUUAUAGAAAGACUGGGAGCUACGCUGUCACAAGCGUUGUUUGCCCAAAAACAGUACGUUGAAGCCAUGAAGAAAGUCACAGAGUCACGAAGAGAAUCGAUCCGGAGGACAGCAAGAGCUCUGGAAGAUGAGCGACGUGCCUUGCAGCAGCUCCGGCAGAGCGCAUUCGAGACUACCGUUGGCUUCGGUGCCGCGGCUCCUGCGUAUCACGAAUGCUGUGAUCGAGCUCCUGGGUUUGAGCAGGAUUCCCACCAGCAAACCGCAUCUAUCACUGAGCCGGUUGUUGUGGAGCUUCCUGAAGAAACAGAGGCUCCUCCUGACUAUGUGUACGACCAAGAUGGACAAGCGCCUCCGGCAGCAGGGGGAGAACCUGGAUUAAGCUCUCAGAACCACGGCACUCCUCUUCGUGGAGAAGCUACCCUUUUCAACCCACGAGGUCUGCAGGAGGUUACCUAAUUGGAUACGGAACGUCGAGGUGUUGACUACGGCAUGAGCCUUGCCUACAUUGUCUGUCAUUUACUAUACUCAUGAGCCUUUUGAUUUAUUUUACCGCCCGGAUUGCCUGUUAGCGUUUGGAAUGUGCAAUCGGUUGCUGCUAUGUUUGUAAUGGCGAGGAUGACUACUUUGAAUACCACGGUGCUAUAUGGAGUUACUUUUCUUGUUUGACUGUAUUAGGGUAGCAGCGUCUUCAUUGGGCAAUACAUAUUGAGUUUAACACACGCCCCUAGCUAAGCAUUCUUUAGCUCUCGAGACUAGCAAUGGGAUGGCUGUG